UGGAGUGGCUCCAGCGCGGGGGGGGCGCCCUGAAGCCCGACGCCUUGCCCCUGCCAGCCCGGAGACGCCGCCAGCCCCCCCGUCUCCUCCAGGCGCUGCCGGCGGACGCGGCCAGGCAAGAUGCCCAGGAGGAAACAGCAAGCGCCCCGGCGCGCAGCAGCUUAUGUUUCGGAUGAGUUGAAAGCUGCCGCCAUGGUGGACGAUGACUUGGAACCUGAGGAGGCCACGAUUGAUGGAGAACCUUCUGCAAAAUACGCCUGUCCAGAGAAGGACUUCGGCAAGAACUGCCAAAGCUACCAGAACUCUCCGACGGCUGAAUUUUCCAGCCACGAAAUGGACAGCGAGUCGCAUAUCAGCGAGACGAGUGACCGAAUGGCCGAUUUUGAGAGCGGCUCCAUCAAGAACGAGGAGGAGAACAAAGAGGUUUCGAUACAGCUGGAAGAAUCUGUUGUGUCGGACAGCUUGGAGCAGAUGAAAGCCGUCUACAAUAACUUCCUCUCCAAUUCCUACUGGUCCAACCUCAGUCUGAAUCUCCACCAGCCAGCCUCCGAAAAAAAUAAUAGCAGCAGCAGCAGCAGCAGCAGUAGCAGCAGCAGCUGUGGAAGUGGCAGCUUUGAUUGGCAUCAGACCGCCAUGGCCAAAACACUACAGCAAGUCUCGCAGAACCGGAUUCUUCCUGAGCCCAGCCUUUUUAGCACAGUUCAGUUGUACAGGCAGAGCAGUAAGCUUUACGGCUCCAUCUUUACUGGAGCCAGUAAAUUCCGCUGUAAAGACUGUAGUGCAGCCUAUGAUACGUUGGUGGAACUAACGGUGCACAUGAAUGAAACAGGACAUUAUCGAGACGACAACCACGAAACUGAUAACAAUAACCCGAAAAGGUGGUCUAAGCCUCGUAAACGCUCUUUGCUUGAAAUGGAAGGGAAAGAAGAUGCCCAGAAAGUAUUGAAGUGCAUGUACUGUGGCCAUUCCUUUGAAUCACUCCAAGACUUGAGUGUUCACAUGAUAAAAACAAAACAUUACCAAAAAGUGCCUCUGAAGGAACCCGUCACCCCUGUAGCCGCAAAGAUUAUCCCAGCCACCCGAAAAAAAACAUCACUGGAGUUAGAGCUUCCAAGUUCUCCAGACUCCACUGGUGGGACGCCCAAAGCAACUCUUUCCGAUGUCAACGACCCGCUUCAAAAGAAUUCCAAUCCUUACAUUACGCCGAAUAACCGCUAUGGACACCAGAAUGGGGCCAGCUACGCCUGGCAUUUUGAAGCAAGGAAAUCUCAAAUUCUCAAGUGCAUGGAAUGCGGCAGUUCCCAUGACACCUUGCAGGAGCUCACUGCCCACAUGAUGGUGACGGGGCAUUUCAUUAAAGUCACCAACUCUGCCAUGAAGAAAGGGAAAACUAUUAUAGAGUCACCUGUCACGCCAACCAUCACAGCUUUGCUUGAUGAGAAGGUACAGUCUGUGCCUCUUGCAGCAACCACGUUCACAUCUCCUUCCAAUAUGCCAUCCAGUGUCUCCCCCAAAUUAAACAUGGAAGUCAAGAAAGAAGUUGAUAAGGACAGAGCAGUGGCUGACGAUAAGAUGAAAGACAAAGAAAAAUUAAGCGAAGAUGAGGAAAAAUAUGAUAUCUCCUCUAAAUAUCAUUAUCUGACAGAAAAUGACUUGGAAGAAAGCCCAAAAGGGGGACUAGAUAUUUUAAAGUCAUUGGAAAAUACAGUCACAUCAGCUAUUAAUAAAGCCCAGAAUGGCACACCAAGUUGGGGUGGUUACCCCAGUAUUCAUGCUGCUUAUCAGCUGCCCAAUAUGAUGAAAUUGUCAUUAGGUUCAUCAGGAAAGAAUACCCCUUUGAAACCCAUGUUUGGAAAUGCUGAAUUAGUAUCUCCCACUAAAAGUCAGCCCUUGGUUUCACCCCCAAGUAGCCAAACAUCCCCUGUGCCCAAAACAAAUUUUCAUGCCAUGGAAGAGUUGGUUAAGAAAGUCACCGAGAAAGUGGCCAAAGUUGAAGAAAAACUGAAGGAACCCGAAGUGGGGAAGCUUUCACCGAUGAAGAGAGCCACACCUUCGCCUUGCAGCAGUGAAGUCAGCGAACCCCUCAAGAUGGACACUUCCAGUGACCUUGGGUUCAAAAGCCAUCAGAAUAGUCCCGUUUCUCAGAGGGAGAGCUGCAGAGACAGCCCCACAGGAGAACCGAUGGAAAAUGGCAAGGAGAUUGUCAAGAAAAUCACAAAUACUUUGACCAGCAGUACUGCUAUUAUUACUGACCAUCCUCCAGAACAACCCUUUGUAAAUCCAUUAAGUGCAUUACAAUCUGUCAUGAACAUUCAUCUUGGGAAGGCAGCUAAGCCUUCUCUGCCUGCCCUAGACCCCAUGAGUAUGCUUUUCAAAAUGAGCAACAGCUUGGCAGAAAAGGCUGCUGUGGCAACCCCACCCUUGCAGUCCAAAAAGCCAGAUCACUUAGACCGCUAUUUUUACCAUGUCAAUAAUGACCAGCCCAUAGAUUUGACAAAAGGCAAGAGUGACAAAAGCUGCUCUUUGGGUUCAGCGCUUUUGUCAUCCACAUCAGCGUCUUCAGCAUCUUCUUCAUCUACAGUGACAACAACAAAGACAUCUGCGGUUGUGUCAUUUAUGUCAAACUCGCCGCUACGCGAGAAUGCCUUGUCAGAUAUCUCCGAUAUGCUGAAGAACUUGACAGAAAGUCACACAUCAAAAUCUUCCACACCUUCCAGCAUCUCUGAGAAAUCUGACAUUGAUGGCACUACAAUUGAGGAACCGGAGGAAACAACCCCAGCUCAGAAAAGGAAGGGACGCCAGUCAAACUGGAAUCCUCAGCAUUUACUCAUUCUGCAGGCCCAGUUUGCUGCCAGUUUGCAGCAGACAUCAGAAGGGAAAUACAUUAUGUCGGACUUGAGCCCUCAAGAGAGAAUGCACAUUUCCAGGUUUACAGGACUCUCAAUGACCACCAUUAGCCACUGGUUGGCCAAUGUGAAAUACCAACUCCGAAGGACAGGGGGGACAAAGUUCCUUAAAAAUUUAGACACUGGGCACCCAGUGUUCUUUUGUAAUGACUGUGCUUCGCAAAUCAGAACUCCUUCAACGUACAUCAGUCACCUUGAAUCCCAUCUAGGUUUCAGAUUACGAGACUUGUCCAAACUCUCCAGCGAGCAGAUUAACAAUCAGAUAGCACAAACAAAGUCAUCCUCUGAGAAACUGUUGGCGCCUUCACCAGAGGAAGAGCUAGGAACUUCGUACCAGUGUAAACUUUGCAACAGGACUUUUGCAAGCAAGCAUGCUGUUAAGCUUCAUCUCAGUAAAACACAUGGGAAGUCUCCAGAGGACCAUCUUCUGUACGUCUGUGAAUUAGAAAAGCAGUAGCAUUGACUUCUUUUCUUUCUUUUUAACACACAAGCUACUACAACAACUGUACUUGGCUUUGAGGAAAACUGUCAAACAUGCCAUAGAGCUACUCCUUUGCCCUCCACCCACCCCUGUUCUUGGCACAUAAUUGUUAUUUUAACUCUGGGGUGUCACUCUAGCCUGAACAAGUCUCUUUCUUUUUUAUAUAUAACUGUAUAGUGUUUAAUAGAGGUACAUAAUCAGCUGUUGUUACUGGUAAAAUAUGAAGGUUAAAAACUCAGUGGUAAGUGUUUGGAACUUAGUGUAAAUUGGGGGUUUUAGUUGCUGUGCAUCCCUUUGAUGCCUCGAGCUGCAUGCAUUGACAAGACAGUUUACUUAAGCAUUUAUUAACUAAUCAUGGUACACUUUUUUUCACGGCAACUGACGUGUGCUGGCCGUUUCUCACCUGUAAAUCUUUAGCCCUCUGAGUACUUUGAAGCACUUUUGCAUUAAUUUGGUUUCCUUUUUUUAAAAUUAUAGACGUGGUUUCUUGUUUUUUUUUUAAAUCCCAUUCUGGCUUAGAAUAUAAUUCAGGCAACAGGCUUGAACAAAACGUUUCGGCAGCCAGUCAUGGUAUUGUGCAAUGUUUGAAAGGACAGUUUCCCCUUCAGAUGUUGCAAGAACUGUCAUCACUUUGAUGUGUGGACCAUUUGAGCAGCAGACUGGUGGCAAUUCUUGAGACAUCCCAAAUACAAAUGUGCAAACCGUACCUAUUCCAAGGAUGGAAUGUUCUGGGAAAUAGUGAGACCAUCAGUCUUUCUUCCAGAGCACACCAGUCCAGGUGUGCUGAAGAGGAACCAAUAGCUUUCUGGAAGGAGAUCUUCCAGAACAGGAAAUAGUUCUUGAUGUUCUAAAUCAUUUUGUUUUCUGGAAAAUUUACUUCUAGAACACUACUGGACCAUUCCUGUAAUACGUGGAUUGAGAUGAUGUUCCCUAUAAACCAUUCUGUCUCUAAUGGUACAUUUUGCACAUCCUUGCCUUGUUUCAAUGCUGCCAGUAUUUAUAGCACUAAUGUACAAGUUGCAUUAGCUCAUACUGCCCUUUCUUCCAUUGGUUCUUAUGGCUAACCUCAUGGGGGUGUAUUCUGAGGCUAGAAUGUGGCCUCCUCCUAAGGCUUUUUGUGUAGGUCCUUCACCCCACUUUUCAGCUCUACAUUCCAAGUACCCAGCCUUCACCGAUGAACUCAGGGUGCAGAAAGAGCUGAACCUGCUGCAGAUUUCCAAGUAAGUUAAAACUUAAUGGAUGGGAUUGAACAAAAGGGUUGAAGAGGAUCUGAACACACCAACUUUAUGCUUUGGCCAAGUCUGCUUUCCCCUUGCCUCUCCCAUGUGCACCCCCAGGCACAUUAUAGAAGAUCCUCACUUGGCCUGUGAACCUCCAGAAGUUUGUAUGUCCAUAGUUAAUAUGGAUUGACAGACCUCCCAAUCUGACUUCCUGCGUAGAUGGAUGGGUUGGUGUCUCGCAAGGAAAGCUUGACUUUCCCUAAGUCACAGCCUUUGCAUCUGGUCAAAGAGAUGGAUAAGGUCCAUGCCUGGUUCAUAAGAUCCAUGCCUGGACAUGUCCUUUGUUGGAGUUAACUAAUAAUUCUCUGUGUAUGCAGGGGUGGCACCCAUCUUGAAAUUUGAAAAUGUAUUAUUUUCACAUUGAAACAUAUGUGUACAUAUUGUAUAGGUUUCAGAAUCCACUAAUGAAAAAUGUGAUUGUGGACAAUGCCAUUUCUUCUUUGACAUUUUUAUCAGUGAUGGGUUUUCUACCUAAUAUGCUCUUGAGUCUAAGUGGUACCUAUAAAUAUAUAAAUAUAUAUAUAAAUAUAUAAAAUAAUAAUGUAUAUUUCUUUUCUAGGUCAAAGGGUUUUCUUUUAACAUCUGAACAAUGUAAAUUAUAUGAAAGAUACAACAGAUAGCAUUUAUAAAGUAUUCAGAAACAUUAUUCUUGAAGCAAAGUAUGAUUAUUGUUUUGUUUUAUUUUACUAUACAGUACAUCUAUAUUGAUAGAGGUUCAUGUUUAAAUUAUACAUAUUUAUUAGUUACUUGCUACCUUUUUUUAAAAAAAGAAAGCAUUCUGAUAACAGAAGCCACAGACUGGCGUGCAUUUGAACUAUUUUGCACAACACAAAUUUUAAAGGUAUUUAUUAGUAAAAUAAUAAAAAAAAUUAAAAAUUAAUUCAAGAAAAAUUUCAAAAUCAACUCAGUGCUCAAAGGGUUAAAUCUAUUUGGGGGUGGGAGAAUUGAAGGGGGGAAAAAUCUUGUACUGUAUUUCCUAAACAUUGAUAAAAAAAGAGAAAAGCCUUUAAAAUGUUUGUACUGUAAUACUUUGCUUAAAAGUCAUAAGGCAUUCUGUGAUAUAACCUCUCAGUUAUUUAUAAGAUCCUUGGUUGUUAUUUCAUAUCUAGAAUGCCUUCUGUUUCAUUGUCUUUCUUUUCUCUCUCUCUCUCUCUCUUUUUCAGUUGAUAACUUUCUGUUUUGUUCUUCCUAAUUAUUCUCCCAAGAUUUCAUACUGCAGUUUUAUCUUUAAGCAUAUGAAAGGUAACCCGUGGUUACCAACACACUAAGUGAUUCUGUUCGUUUCCAUUUUUGGCGGUUAAUUUGCAGAAGUAACUGACAGCCGACACCAUAUGAAAAUCUAUGUGUACAAUAUUGGCAUGUAAACAGCACAGACCCCAAACUGCACACUUUGUGCCCUGUUCUGUUGUUGACAAUGUGGCACCAUGAUAUGACUCUUCAUAUAACCUUUUUUUUCCCUACAGCCGCAUUAAAAUUGUCUUUUUUGCUAUAA